AUGGCUUACAAUAACAUGACGACAGCUUUCCUAACUCAAGGUAAGAAGAUGGACACCAACCUGUUCGGAUGGGAGAUGCCGGCUCAGAUGAUGCAGAACGUGGAUCCUAUUGCCGUGGUUUUGACUAGUGUUUUGGUUGAUACGGUGUUGUUCCCUCUUUUGAAGAGGCACAACCUAAUGCCACCAGUUCUGGUACGUUUCUGCAUUGGGUCAUUGUGUGGCGCGGCGUCCCUACUCGUGGCUCUUGGUGUGGAGUAUAUGGUUAUGUCGAAGCCUGUCUUCUCUGUCUCCAUUUGGUGGCAGAUUCCGCAGUUCUGGUUGAUUGCUGCUG